CCCUCCCUGGCGGAGCGCAGCCCUUUCGCGCGGGGCGGGUGCAAAGCCGCGGGAGCUGAAGUGGGCGGGGCUCAUCCCGGAAGCCUUGGCCCCGCCCUCCCUUUCAGGAUUCCCCGGGCAGCUUCGGUUGUGUGAGCCGUUUCAACAGGAUGAGGCUUGUAAUCCUAGAAAAUUACGAUUUGGCGAGCGAAUGGGCUGCAAAAUACAUCUGUAACCGCAUCAUUCAGUUCAAGCCUAACCCAAGCCGGUAUUUCACCCUUGGCUUACCAACAGGAAGCACACCCUCGGGAUGCUACCAGAAGCUGAUAGACUAUCACAAAAGAGGAGAUCUCUCUUUUAAAUAUGUGAAGACAUUCAACAUGGAUGAAUACGUAGGGCUUCCGAGGAAUCAUCCGGAGAGCUACCAUUCUUACAUGUGGAAUAAUUUUUUUAAGCAUAUUGAUAUAGAUCCGAACAACGCUCAUAUUCUCGACGGGAACGCGCCGGAUCUGAAAGCCGAGUGUGACGCCUUUGAAAAGAAAAUAGAAGAAGCCGGAGGGAUAGAGCUGUUCGUUGGAGGCAUUGGCCCAGAUGGUCACAUCGCUUUCAACGAGCCGGGAUCUAGUCUGGUGUCAAGAACAAGGUUGAAAACACUAGCCAUGGACACCAUUCUGGCGAACGCCAAAUAUUUUGAUGGCGAUUUAUCUAAGGUUCCAACUAUGGCUUUAACAGUUGGCGUGGGAACAGUCAUGGAUGCCCGAGAAGUCAUGAUCCUGAUCACGGGGGCACACAAAGCCUUCGCCUUAUACAAGGCAAUCGAAGAAGGGGUCAACCACAUGUGGACCGUUUCCGCCUUCCAGCAACACCCCCACACUAUCUUCGUGUGUGACGAAGACGCCACUUUAGAACUCCGAGUUAAAACGGUGAAGUAUUUUAAAGGUUUAAUGCAUGUCCACAACAAGCUGGUGGAACCUCUACGCAGCAUGAAAGAGCAAAAUUGAUGGACAGAACCACACUGGUGUCAUGGCAGAGAAGACCCUGGCAGUGUGUUUUGGGGGGACCCCUCCCAUUACUAGACACACUGGUGGACAUUGGCUAAAACCGAACAUCUUUGGAAACGCAGGACUGGUGGUUCGUUUUCCUCGCGGUCCAAAAUGUGCGCGUUUAACAUUCCUCUCAAUCCUGUCGAAAGCCUUUUUUUCCGUCUUUUUCUCCCCCAGAACAUUUAUAGGGUCUGAAUUAAUUAUGUGGGAAGGGGGCUUUGAUAACCUCGUUAUGGCCAUCUGGACUUUUUCCCCCUGGCUCUGGGACUGGAAUAGAAACACUUCUUUGCUGCUUUAAAACUUGGCCUCUGGAUUGUAACGGAGAGGCAGGGACUUUACAAUCAGAUGCGUUUACACCCACGUUCUCAGCAAGUCUCGUUGCCUUCAAAUCUACCCCCAGGAAUAGAGUGCGGGAGAGUACGAGCGGAGUAUCUGUCUUGUAAGCCAUCGUACUUUUUGGGAAAGUUUCUGAAGAGAGAGAGCCUGUGUUUUUGUUCCUUCCAUCCUCCCUUUUUGUUUCGUUUUCUCGUCUUUUUUUGUCUUUUCCCCCCUUCCUUUCUCAUACUUUUCCUUCCUUUUUCUUUUCCUCCGUCUCUCCCUCCUUUUUCUCUCUCCCUCCCUCUUUCCUUUUUUCUCCGUUUUCCUUUCCUCUUUCCUUCUUCCCUUUCUCUCUUCUUCUUUCCCUUCCUUUUUCUCCCUCCCUCCCUUUCCUUUUCCCCUCCCUUUCCUUUCUCGUUUCCUUUCCUUUCCUUUCCUUCCUUCCUUUCUCUUUUCCUUCUUCCCUUUCCCUUCCUUUUUCUUUCUCUCCUUCCCUCCUUUUCCUUUUUUCCGUUCUUUUCCCCUUUCUCUUUCCUUCUCUCCCUCUUUCCUUUCUCCUUUUCUUGUCCCUUCUUCCUUUCCUCUUUCCUUCUCUUUCUU